UCCUGUUCGUUUCGUAAACGAUUUUAAUGUGGCAUUUGUAGGCCUUAAAGGCCACUUAGUCAAUAUGUUUCCUUUAACAUUUAUUGAAGUUGGCAACACAUUAUCACAGCACAUUAUGUCGGACGACGAAGCCCUUGUUACAACAACGACCACAGCCACAACAUUAUCAGCACUCUCUACACCAGCUUCAAUAACAACAUUAACUCAACAACAUCUGCUGCAGCAACAGCAGCAACAUGAAACAACAACGGAUAUAACAUUACUAUUAGAGAAUAUAACACACACUAGUCUGCUGGGUGGUGUUGGCAUCAGUAGUAGUGGCUCUGCGUCAGGAGGUGUUAGUGCUCUUGAUGCUUUUGAGGCCGAUUCAUCGUUUAUUUAUACACCACCUUUGCAACGGCCCGAAACCAUAUUCAUAACCAUUCUAUUCCUACUCAUAUUCAUUGUUGGUGUCCUGGGUAAUGGCACAUUGGUGAUAAUCUUCUUUCGGCAUCGUUCCAUGCGCAACAUUCCAAAUACCUACAUUCUCUCCUUGGCAUUAGCUGAUCUCUUAGUUAUAAUCGUAUGCGUUCCUUUGGCCAUUUUGGUGUAUACAACAGACAGUUGGACAUUUGGCAAAAGUAUGUGUCAAGUAACAGAAUUUUUCAAAGAUGUCUCUAUUGGUGUAUCGGUAUUCACACUAACCGCUCUGUCCGGCGAACGUUACUGUGCCAUUGUGAAUCCUUUAAGAAAAUUACAGACAAAACCUUUAACUGUUAUAACGGCCACCAUGAUUUGGCUUUUGAGCAUAACAUUUGCCACACCUUCUUUGGUAAUGUCUGAUUUACAGCACAUACUAAUCGAUGAUAAAACUAAUCUGACCAUAAUUAUCUGUACGCCGUUUGGUAAGCAGCGCAACAAUUCUGAAAUUUAUGCCAGAUAUGUGGUUGUAACCAAGGCAUUCGUUUACUAUUUGUUGCCACUAUUUAUAAUUGGAGUUUUAUAUCUGAUGAUGGCCCAACGUUUACAUGUCAGUGCACGUGAUAUGCCCGGUGAAACAUUGAGUAUGCAGAGUCGUUCCCAAGUACGAGCAAGACGUUAUGUGGCCCGUAUGGUGGUGGCAUUUGUGGUGGUGUUUUUUGUUUGUUUCUUUCCUUAUCAUUUGUUCGAAUUAUGGUUUCAUUUGAAUCCAACGGCUCGUGAAGAUUUUGAUGAGUUUUGGCAUACCAUACGUAUUAUUGGUUUUUGUACUUACUUUCUCAAUUCAUGUGUAAAUCCGGUGGCAUUGUAUUGUGUAUCGGGAGCAUUUCGUGCACAUUUCAAUCAAUAUUUAUGCUGUUUUUGUGUCAAACGGCAAACGCGUCUAAGGCAACACUCAACGGCCACUGGUAUGAUGGACACCAGUAUUGUCAACAUGUCUAUGAGAUCCACAACCAAUUAUAAUCGUGCUUCUGUACAUUUGAACAAUGCACAUUGUGCUAGUGGCGGAGGAGUAGGUAGUUUCAAUAGCAACAACAAUACCAAUGGCAUGGGACGUUUAACGUCAAGUGCUUAUAAUCAUCAUCAUCAUUCGCAACGGCGUCAGCAUAAUGGCAGUGGAGGUGGUGUAGGAGGUGGUGGGGUUAAAGGUGGACUUGGUGGUGAUAAUGGUCGUUUAACUGCAGCAACUGCUGCUGCUGCUGCUCAAAGUGGUGUUAUACUUAAUGAUAAGAGGAGAAUCUAUAAGGUGACUUGGGUCUCCCCGGACCAAAGAACGGAAAACCAAAUCGAUCAUGUGGCUAUAAGCGGUAAAUGGAGGGGUUCCUUAUUAGAUGUGCCUAGUCGUACGGAUGUGCGGACAUGGUACGCUUCCGAUUUUGAGGAAAUGAGAAGUCUUUUUAACUCCGCCGAAGCCGCUUUACUGUGGUGCAGAGUUAUUUGCACCACCUGCAACUUCUUUGGUUCCGAGUUCGAAGUUAACAAUUUCUCCCCUUUCCACCAGCUUCCAGAGGAAAUCCUGGUUCACGGCGAACCUAAAAUCGCUACCUGA